UCUGGACUCUGACCAAGACGAAUAUAAAAAGAAGCAGUCCUUGCCUUUUGCAAGUCAGUACUCUCGACAUCAGUUUCAUAGUCUAACAACAACAGGCAAAACACUAGAAGCCCCCCUAUCACUCUGAUUCCUAUCAAGAACUACAAACGGACAAUUCCGCAACACAAUAACACCACAGCCAUGCCCUCAGCCAUGCCAGUCGAGAAGACAAAAUACAGCAAGCGCGCCAUUCCGACCAUUUCGCUAGCGGACUUUGACAGUCGCGCCGACAAAAUCACCGCACAACUAGUCGAGGCAGCCGAGAACGUUGGCUUCUUCUGCAUCGUCGACCAUGGUAUCUCACGGCAAGAAGUAGACGACAUCUUCGCACAAUCAGCCCGCUUUUUCUCGCUGCCAGACGACGUCAAAGCACAUGUACCCUUCUCAUCCGCUCACAAUGCUGGGUGGGAAAAGAACUCUCAAGUUCGACCUUCUACUGGCGCCGCCGACAGGAAGGAGUCCUACCAGAUGCAGUUCGGCAAGAACAUGGAUGGCAGGUGGCUCGAGGACUCGGAACUUCCAGGCUUCAAGGACUCAAGUCUAAAGUUCAUGUGGAAAGUCCAGGACGUUUCCGAGAAAUUGAUGGCCUGUCUCGCGAGAGGCUUGGGCUUUCCCGACGAUUAUUUCAUCAAGGCUCACGACGUCAAGAGACCGGAGAGUCAGACUGUGGCGAGACUCCUACAUUACUUCGAGACACCGGCCAACACAAACGGUCAGGUCUGGCAUCGCGCUGGUGCACAUACAGAUUGGGAUCUGCUCACGCUUUUGUUCCAAAAGGCAGGACAGUCAGGGUUAGAGAUCUGCCCGGGCCGCGAAGUCUCUACAUCCUUCGGCCACGGCGACACAUGGACCAAAGUCGAGCCCGACCCAGAUUCAAACGCUAUCAUCUGCAAUAUCGGCGAUCUGUUGAUGUCCUGGUCCGACGACCGCUUCAAGUCGACGUUCCAUCGCGUCAAAGCACCCUCUGAACCGGAUGAUUACUAUGGGGAGCGAUACAGUAUCGCGUUCUUCAACCAGCCUUGUCGCGAUACCUUGAUCCAGGGACCGCACAAGAAAUACCCGCUCGUCACGGGUGAGGAGUUCACCAGAAAUGCUAUGAUGCGAAAUUUCAAUGCCCUGGAGGCGAAGCGGCUUGCUGAGGCGGAGGGAAUCAAGAAUGUCAGUGUUGAGGGUGGGAAGAUUGUCGCUGAAGUCGGUGCCUGAGGAACUGAAGCGCGAAAAGUCGAUGAAGACUUGUUUUCAAGCAUGUUGACGCUUGAGCUUGACGCUGGAUGCUGUUUAUGUUACUCGAGUGGAUCUCAAGUGCUCUUCUCAC